GCCAUAGCUUAUAAUGCGCGCCAUUUCUCGAUCAACUUCACUUUUUCAAACUCCAACUUAUCGAAUCUUAUCCCGGAAUCUCCAACGGUCUCCAAUUGCUGCAUCAAGACUUGUCCCCACUUACCACAGAGCAAGCACGCGUCAACAAGCCCCGCUCGCACUCCGACAACAAAUCGCAAACAUGUCCACCGAAUCUACACAGUCAAAGGCAUGCUGCAACACUCCUGCUGUUGUCGCCAAGGGUUACCAGCCAAAGGGUGACUACAUUGAAGUCGACGGCCUGAAGACGUACACAACUGGUCCUAAAGAUGCAAAGCAGGGAAUACUUGUAGUUUAUGAUAUCUUUGGUUACUUCAACCAGACAUUGCAGGGUGCCGAUAUCCUCGCCUACACUGAUGACCAAAAGUAUCAAGUCUUCAUGCCCGACUUCUUCGAGGGCGAACCAGCAGACAUCUCCUGGAUGCCGCCGGACACCAAGGAAAAGGAGCAAAAGAUGGGCGAAUUCUUCAAGACGAAAGCUGCACCACCAAAGACUCUACCCAGGAUCCCAAAGAUUGUCGAUGAAUUGAGCCAGAAGAACGGCAUUGAGAAGUGGGCCAUCAUCGGCUUCUGCUGGGGCGGCAAGAUUGUCAACCUUUCCUCAAUGGAGGGCACCAAAUUCAAGGUUGCAGCUGCUUGUCACCCAGCCAUGGUCGCCGGCGACGACGCUCCCGGCAUCACCAUCCCCUACAUCAUGCUCCCAUCUGGCGAUGAGAGCAAAGAUGACGUCAAGAAGUGGCAGGACGGUAUCAAGGUCCCUCACGUUGUGGAAUGGUUCCCAGACCAAAUCCACGGUUGGAUGGCAGCCCGCAGCGACCUUGAGCAGGAGAAAGUCAAGAGCGCUUACGAAAAGGGAUACAAGAUGGUCUUGGACUUUUUCAAGAAGCACAUGGGUGAUGGAGCAAAACUUUAA